AUGGAUACGUCGUCUUUGCCUCCGGCGAUGGAGGUCGGAGAAUAUAGAAACUGGGCGGAGCUUCCGCUGGAACUGACGUCAUCGAUCCUCCACCGUCUUGGCGCGAUUGAGAUACUGAAGAACGCUGAGAAAGUUUGCAGAUCAUGGCGUCGCGUUUGUAAAGACCCUUCCAUGUGGCGUAAAAUUGACAUGCAUAACUCGGAAGACAUGGAAUGCAAUCUCGAGAUCAUGUGCCAUCAUGCAAUUGAUCGUAGCCAGGGAGGCUUGGUUGAGAUUGAUCUUUGGUAUUUCGGUACUGAUGAUCUCCUCAAUUACAUCGCUGAUAGGUUCUCUCUCUUUUAA